AGUGUGGAAGUAAUGAAUUUCAAACGUUUAUCUGACCAGAUGAGUCUUCCCGAGCCUGACAGACAAUAUAUUGAUAACAGACAAAUUGUAUCCGGUAUUUCAGAUGAUUUCCAGCCAUCAGGUUCAUCACUUGAACCAAAGUACAACACUCUUCCCCCUACAUUGAGGGGUAAUUCACGCAACCAUACAAAUCCUGGUGAACUUUCCCGCUGUACAAGUCAUUUAGUUCACAACAACAAAACUAGCCACCAAGGACCACUGGAAAAUUUCAAGAAUGUUUCUGCGAUUAGUAAUAACCGACCAGAAAGCUUGGGAAUGAAGGUUCAUAUUUCUGAAUCAAGGAAAGAGAAAGAGACACCAAAGCUGUCCUUUAACUUUCAUCACCAGAUUGACAUAGCAGCUACAUCAUGUUUUGUAAAACAUCAUGGCACCAGCGAGUCUGAAAAAUGUCACGAUGAAAAAGGCAGUGGCUGUUUCUUUCUUUCAGGAGACAGCCCUAGAAUGGAAGAAGAUGACAUUAUUCAUGUGCAAAUGGCGAAGAGCGAAACAUCUGAGGAUUCAAGUGUCAGUGAUGAAAAUGAAAUAACUAACUAUGAGGUCAUCACGUCAAUGAUACCGAGUUUACUAGAAAGGGCAAAUAGCCAUGACCCUAGAUUCAAUGUGAAGAUGGCAUUACCAUUUCUUGGUAAUAAACUAGAAAUAACAGGUGGAAAUGCAACCGGUAUCUUCAUCCAGAAUAUUCUUGACAAGUCGCUCACCAACUGUCUGAGUGCGGGGGACCAGAUCAUGUCUGCUGUCCUAAGCAACGAGACGGGUAACUCUGUCACACAGGUAUUUUGUAACUGUACUCAAGAACAGGUUAGAAAAACACUCAGCGGUGAUAGUCUUGCCUUCAAAGUCGACAGCAUUGAACUCAAUUGUGUGCAUAACAAAAAAGUGAAUCAGGAUGCUUUGAAGUGGAUGAAGGAAAACAAAAGCAAUGGUGAUUUUUUCUACACUAGGAGUAACUUUAAGUGGCAAGGAGAUCGGACAGCGGGUCAACUGGAAGUCAAUAUCGGAGACAUCUUUAUGAUCCUCAACACCACAUGUAAACCACAGUUCUGGUUAGCAGUGAAGUUUGACAGAGAAAAGCAAACUUGGGAUUCCAGUACAGGAUUUAUACCUAAUACUAACGAGGCACUAAGAAGCAGAGUGAAAAUGCAGAUCAAAAAGACAGAAUCAAUGGAGGGAAGGCAGACUGGCAGAUGGAAGGGUAUCAAAUGUAGAGCAGAACAUUACGCUAUGGUUUUGCCAGUGAAAGCCAUGACUUUGUCACCAGUUUUGCUGUAUGGUCAAGAGAAGGUAGUGACCACUGUCCUGGAAAUGUUGUCCACAGAACUACCCGAUUGCUCACAAGUGGACAUUAUGAAGAGCAAUUUCAUAGAUAUGCAUAGACAGUUCCCACAGAAGCAUGGCCGUCACAGCAUUAGGAAGGGAAGUUUGACCCCUGUGACCCUUAAUCAAUCUCCCAAUAUCAUUAUCUACCUAAGGCUUCAAAAUGACGCUGACCAAGAACAACUUAACACCAUUCUAGGCAGUUCCUUUCAUGAGAGCAAUGAAGGUUCAUCUGAAAGCCUCGAAAGCCAUCUCCAAACACUUGGUUUUACCUAUGACACAAUAGACAUACCCAGUGCUGAGGUGAAGGACCAAGCCAGUUUAUUGCGGUGUCUGUGUGCCCGUAUCUCACAGUAUCAGGAUCGUGUGUGCUGGUUGGGGAAACAGAAUCUCAUACCAGCAGACCAGUGGAGGUUUCAGAGUCUCAUCUGCCCCUCUGUCCCGAAUGUCUAUUCAGAAGACUCACAGGAAACCUUGUCACAGCCUUCCCCUACUACAUCCCUAAAUGACAGCCGCAGCCAUUGGGUUCGAUCUGGCAAUAUUUUCCACUCCAUUUAUGCAAAUUAAACCCUUCAGUAUCAUGCGACACUUCAAAGUGAUGCACAGUCCUACAAGAUAGGACAGAAACAAUUUAUGAGAUAUCAUAGAGAAUAGUGUUUUGUCCCCACGCCAUUUCUUGCUGUGUAUUACAUGUCAAUGCCACGCACCAUUUCUUGUUAUUACUGUGUAUUACAUGUCAAUGCUGAGAACCAUUUCUUGUUAUCCCUGUGUAUUACAUGUCAAUGCUGAGAACCAUUUCUUGUUAUCCCUGUGUAUUACAUGUCAAUGCUGAGAACCAUUUCUUGUUAUUGCUGUGUAUUACAUGUCAAUGCUGAGAACCAUUUCUUGUUAUUGCUGUGUAUUACAUGUCAAUGCUGAG